AUGGAAAACUCACAGGGCCCUCGUCGAAGUGCGCGCCUCCAAGAGAAAGCACAGGAAAUUGCUGACUUGAAGAGAAAGAAUGUUUCACCCGCAGAGCAACAGAUUAAGACCCAGCGACCUAGCUUGAAACGGAAGCGGGCAACUGGAGCAAAAGGGCCAUCCAAGAGGCGAGACACAAGAGCAAAGGCGCCUUCCAAGAAGGAAGAAACGACAGCAGUAGUGUCUUCUGCGGUGCAGGCACAGGUCGCAGCAGAAUCAUCUCGACACCAACAAGGAUUUUCUAGAAAAUCACGACAACCAAAGACUGCCGACCCCGGUAAGAACAUCGAGGUAGGCAGAGCUCGCCAUGUCUCUCACUGGAUCGAAAACAAGCAGUGGCCAGAAGAGUUCUUUCAAUUUGUCUCUAAGUUCCGAGUGGGGCGUGAACCUCGCCAUUCAGUAUCUCAACCUGAGUGUCAACCUCCAACGCAUACAGAAAGAACUAUGAUUGACCUCUAUAAUGCGCCCCAGUGUGUGAGCUUCCUCAAUUAUAAAGGCUGUAACUUAACCAACCACUGGGAUGGGCUCCCUAUUGAAGAACGCGAUUAUUUCAAGAAUCUAUUGGAACAAGACUGUGAGACUCCCACAGGCACGGCAUUCGAUGAGAGUGCAAUAUUAUUCAUAAAAAACAUAAUGUCAAGCAGUAACGAAACCGCCGUUAUUCGAAUGAUCAGUCAAUUGGUUGUUCCUUCUGCUGAGCUUGAGAUCAGCCGAGGUCAGCUCGAAUCUAUAGGAUUGGUUGAUAGUAUAGAUGAGCCUUGGGAGGGGUCGAUUUCCCUUGCAGCGGAAGAAUCGAAUACACCUCAAACAACACCAGGUCCAAGCAUCCAACCAGAGACAGGGAGGGAUCCUCUCCCAAUACCGCAACCAGACUAUGCCCUUGGAUUUUCAGCAACAGCAUUUACGCGCGAGCAGCUCGACAGGCUUGCACCUUUCCUCGGUAGCGAUAAAGAAACCUCCGCUUUCAAGGGUACCCAAGGGAUGCUUUUUCCUUUUCUCGCGGUGCAGCUGAAGUCCGCCAACGGAUCUCUUGAAACGGCAAUAAGACAGAACUCCCACACUAUGGCUCGUGCUCUCCGCGGCGUUAUUGAGCUUUUCAAAAUGGUCGGACGUCAGGACGAGUUGCAUCGAAGUGCUCUCGGCGUUUUCAUCAUUCACAACCACUGUGAAGUAGAGAUAUACGUAAACUUUGCUCGGAUCGAGAACGGGCAGGCAACGUAUCACUAUGAGCUGCUCGAGGGGUUUAGUUUUACAUGGGAGGAAGGCAGGAACCGAUGGAGUUCGUACAAAUUCGUGAUGGCUUUUUAUGAGAAUUGGGUCCCGAUGCACCUGGAACGACUGCGCUCGGCAAUUGACGACUUGCCAGUGGUUAACUUCGACGUGUCCACCCAGUCGCCGAUUCAAUCUAAGUAUUCAAAGCGGUCAGAUGAUUCAGGGAGAGAAAACUCGUCAUCAGAAGACGGUGUCCCGGCCUCUCAAGGAUUGCGCAGACCAUCUUUGUUUUCAACAAUUUUUUCGGUGGUGCGGUAG